UGCGCAAGUCGCCCGCUCUAGGCCGCCGGCUGCCUGCAGUCGCUCGGUGGGUUUCGUGUAGUGGCGGUGCUGCCAGUGAGUUUCCCGUGACUUUGGCCUAGGUUUUGUGGGAGCCCCGAGGAAUCAAGGCCAGAGGUGUGAAUAAGGUGUCAGCUCUAAAGGGAAGAUUUUCCAAGGAUGCAUCCGUACCACAAGGUCUGUGGCAUGUAUAAUGAGGAUACUUUACAGAUUCCUGAGUAUGGAAAAGUCUCUGAGUAUAAGGAUCAGUUAGAGAAGCCGGAGGGCAGGCCCACAGAAGAAAAACAGUAUAGAUGCAGUGAGUGUGGAAAGAAAUUUGCCCAGAGCUCGGGCCUCCUUCGACAUCGGAGAAUCCACACUGGUGAGAAGCCCUACGAGUGUGAUCACUGUGGAAAGGCCUUCAGUGUACGCUCAACCCUCACUGUGCAUGAACGAAUCCACACUGGGGAGAAGCCCUACACUUGUAACGAGUGUAAGAAGGCCUUUAGUGUGAGAGCACACCUGAUUAUACACCAGAGAAUCCACAAUGGAGAGAAGCCCUAUGAAUGUAAUGAGUGUGGCAGAGCGUUUAGUGUGAGCUCAGACCUGAUUAAACACCAGAGAAUCCAUACUGGGGAGAAGCCGUACGCAUGUGAUGACUGUGGGAAGGCUUUCAGCGUCAGCUCAGCGCUCAUCAAGCACCAGAGAAUCCACACAGGAGAGAAGCCAUAUGAGUGUAAGGAGUGUGGGAAGGCCUUCUAUGUGAACUCAGCCCUGAUUAAUCACCAGCGGAUCCACUCUGGAGAAAAGCCCUAUGAGUGUGGGGAGUGUAGCAAAGCAUUCAGCCAGAUCUCAACCCUAAUUCAUCAUCAGAGAGUUCAUACUGGAGAGAAACCAUAUGAGUGUAAUGAGUGUGGGAAAGCCUUCCAUGGAAGCUCUAAUCUCACUAAACAUCAGAAAAAACACGCCAAAGGAAAAUACCAGUGACUUAUGUGGUGAGGAUAUUCCCCAGGCCUCUUAUUGCAUCAGAUGUUAGCACCAAAAGAAGAGGAUGGUGAAAGUUUAAAUGUAUCGAUACUUUGUCUUUAGGAAUGUUGAUGUGAAAAGUCACUGAAAAGUGACUUAGACUAAGGCCCUGAAAUCAUAUCUACUUCUCAGAAUGAAGUUUUACAACUCAUAAGAUUACUGCUGAUGGGCACCCUUGAAGGUACAAAUAUUUGGAUCCCUGGCACCCAUGUUGGAGAUCUGGAUUGGCUUCUUGGCUUUGACCUGGCCCAGCCCUGACUGUUGAGGGUAUUCGGGGAGUUAACCAAGCAGAUGGAAGAUCCCCCUCUGUCUGCUGUCUUUCUCCACCUCUCCACCUUUUAAAUAAAAUGGAAAUGAAAGAAAAUUAUAGUGUAGUUUGCAUUGGUUUAGUCAGAGAAAAUAACUAAUUUAAGCAUUGUUUUUAUAUUUCUUAUGUGCAGACCUUUUAUUGUUAUUUUGCUGCUUCCAGUUUUAUAGAUGAAACAUAAAUUUUGAAGUUGGAAGCAAUGAUGAUUGGUUAGAUAGGGAGCAAAUAUCGUAUUUGAGUCUAGAAAUAUAAUGCAUGAUCUUUCUUUGCCUUUGAUGUAGCACUAUGUGUUUAGCCAUGAUUAACAGAAUUAGUGCCCUUUGGUGGAAGAUACAUGAUCUCUGAUACAAGAAUACAAGAUAUAAGAAUCCCAAUAGAUAAUUCUUCAACAUUGUUUUUGCUUAGUUAGCAGAUUCCCAGGCUUUUUGACUUAUGGGUUAAUAAAUAAGCCUCUGAACUUGACUGAGGUUCAUGAACAACAACAACAAAACCAGAAAAUCUUCCAAGAAACUGCAGACUUGAAAUUCUUUUGAUCCCUGAAACUUAACUUGUUUCAAGAUGAACACCAAAUGGAUAGAAAUCGCAGAUUGCUGUGGUCCACAUUAUGAAUAGAACAUUGCCUGGGAAGGAUGGAGGUUUGCGGGCAGAGUCUUUAAGGGAAGAAUGUCCUGGGAUCACCAUUGCAGCGUUGCCACAUCCCACCCCAAACCAACACAGCUGUAAAUAUUCAGCAGCAGAGUGGAUAGAGAGAGAGACAGAGAGAAAGGUCUUCCUUUUUGCCAUUGGUUCACCCUCCAAUAGCCACUGAGGCCGGCGCAUCUCGCUGAUCCGAAGCCAGGAGCCAGGUGUUUCUCCUGGUCUCCCAUGCGGGUGCAGGGCCCAAGCACUUGGGCCAUCCUCCACUGCCUUCCUGGGCCAUAGCAGAGAGCUGGCCUGGAAGAGGGGCAACCGGGAUAGAAUCCGGCGCCCCGACCGGGACUAGAACCCGGUGUGCCGGCACCGCAAGGCGGAGGAUUAGCCUGUUAAGCGACGGCGCUGGCCACUAGUAAAACUCUUAAGAUGGUGACUCCUGGCCUUGAAUAAGAAGUCUAUUUGAAAGCAGAGUUUUCCACAAGAAUUCCAACGCAGGAUGAUGCCCAGGAGUCUAGAUGGGAACAUUCCUGAGGGGAUCCACACUGGAAAAGUCCAUGGGUUUCUGAUUAGUUUAAACAAGUGAGUGAGAGAAAGAGAGAGAGAGAGGGAAGGAAGCCCUUUAUAAAGCACAACCAACCUUACCUCACACUAAGUCAAGUACUGCUGAUAAAGGGACCUGAGCCAUCUGGGGGGAUUUUCUCCGAAAUUCAGUCUCUCAAAAUGUUCUGAGAAUUGAAAACCUCCAUUCAGGUUGUUCACAAUUCUCAACCUCAGUGACUGCACUAAAAGAAGUAGACUUUUCAUUGCAAAGUGAGUAGAAAAGUUGUUCUGAAAAUACCUCUUCCUAAUCAAGCAAACCCCGGCACACCAGCAGUCCCUGCUUAAAUACUGCUAUGACCAAACUGAAUGAAACCCAGUAAGUGUUCUCAGUCUUGAUGUACCUUUACUGCAAACCCAAGUCCCAUUAAACAACAAGGAGGUCAUCUGGAGGGGAGUUUUGUCAGAGUAGAGAGUAUGGCAAAACUCAGGUACUGCAGUGAUCUUGUCAGCCAUCACGAACCCUUCUGGCUGUCUUCAGUGUAGGAGGCCUUGGAGUGAGCUCAAGUCUCAUUAAACUUAAGCAAGGUCAUUUUGCACAGGAGUCUUAAAUAUAAGAGACUCUGCUGUAGAGAUCUCUUACCCAACGUCAGAGGACACACAACAGAAAUGAAUCUCAGUAAAUACAUCAGUAUCUCAGUAAAUACAUGUAGCAAAGGACUUUUUCACACUAAGCAUCGCCAGUAAAAAGAAAAAGCAUAUGUUCACUUAAAAAAAAAAAAAGAUUUCUUUAUUUGAAAGGCAGAGUACAAGGGUAAAGGAGAGAUAGAGAUCUUCCACUGGUUCACUCCCCAAAUGACCGAAAUGACCAUGGCUUUAACUGGCUGGAGCCAGGAGCUUCUUCCAGGUCUCCCACACAGGUGCAGGGGCCCAAGGACUUGGGCCAUCCUCCACUGCUCUCCCAGGUCACAGCAGAGAGCUGGAUCAGUAGUGGAGCAGCUGGGACUCAAACCAGCGCCCACAUGGGAUGCUGGCACUUCAGGCCAGGGCUUUUUUUUUUUUUUGGACAGGCAGAGUGGAUAGUGAGAGAGAGAGAGAGAAAGGUCUUCCCUUGCGGUUGGUUCACCCUCCAGUGGCCGCUGCGGCUGGCGCAUCGUGCUGAUCCAAAGCCAGGAGCCAGGCGCUUCUCCCGGUCUCCCAUGCAGGUUCAGGGCCCAAGCACUUGGGCCAUCCUCCACUGCCUUCCUGGGCCAUAGCAGAGAGCUGGCCUGGAAGAGGGGCAACCGGGAUAGAAUCCGGCGCCCCAACCAGAACAAGAACCCUGUGUGCCGGCGCCGCAAGCUGGAGGAUUAGCCUGUUAAGCCACGGCGCCGGCCACAGGCCAGGGCUUUAACCCACUGGGCCACAGCACCAUCCCUCUUAUUAUUGCACUGCCCUAUUUGUGUAAAAAUUUUAGCAACCUUAUACAAAAAGCCUAAGCCCAAGAACAGAUGUACAUGUGCAUAUACAUACAUGCACACACAUGUAUGGGUAGAGGCUGUAUCCCUUUUAUGCUAUGCUAUUAUAGCAUAGUAGGCACUCAGAAGUAUUUUUCUGCUACAUUUCUCUUAAAGAAGACUUUCAGACUCAGAACAGAAAAGACAGAGUAGUCUUGUUAAUAUCAGUAAGUUGUAUCUGUAUAAUGCUUUCUAGCUUGUAAAAAGUUUUCACAUGCAUCUCUUUAUGUACUGUCAGAAACCGCAGCAAAGAAAAAGCACAGUAACCAUUUCCUAAUGAGUUUUAGUGUUUAAGACCAAGCUAUUAGGAAAUAUUUAGGAAAAGUAAAGAUUAAAGGAGAGAAAAGGA